UGGCCCACCGACCAGCCUUCAAACGGCGAGGGGUGGAAAUGAGAUGAUCAUGUGAUUAUUUCUUAUCUACAGAAGAGAUAACACUUGUUGCGAGCAUCAACUUUUCAGAUCUUAUUUCUGGUUUCUACCUUCGCAUAGUCAUGCCUUACACCGAACAGGAUCCUCUAUUAUCAACAGAUAAAUCAUCCGCAGAAAUCAAGUGUUCGUCACAUCAAAACAUCAAUGCUGAUGACCCCGACAAUCCGGAGGAUACUCGAAAUGGCUGCUUUGAACCAACCACUGGGCGUGGGAAACGGUCAUUCAAUGAUUUAAUGGCUGGAGUUCUGGGGUUAUGCUCCCUCCUUAUACUUACCAUGCUAAUUUUACCCGGUGGUUUUGUCAACGAUACAUUCGAUCACGGUUGGCCAUUUGGAAGUCAAGAACCAAAGACAGUUGAGCAGAGAGUGGACAGAAUCCUGACUGAGACACCACUCAUAGGUAUGGUCAUCUGGCACAUCCGGACAGUACGGAUUUCAGACCUGGCUAAUAGGAUACAGAUGGACACAAUGAUCUUGCAAUUUUCAUUCGAUCCGUUUAUAAGAAUCGCAUCUAUGAUGAGAGCUUCACCAAUGUCUUUGAAAAUGGGGGAAUGCCUUAUCACGUGGAUCUUCCUCGACUGAAAGCUGGCAAGAACGGCGGAGCCUUUUGGAGUGCAUUUGCUCCAUGUCCCUCAAAUUGGAGUGACUUUUCUACUGAAAAUUAUGGCCAUUGUUAGUGAUGUUUUGCUGUUGCUCUGAUUGCCUUUCCAGCCCCUUUAUAUUCCUUCUCAUCUCUCCUUACCCUUUUUAAAAGUUCCAGUUUAGCAAACAGUCCGGACUGCAGUCCAAUAAGAUAAAGUUUCAGAUGUCCGGAAGUAUUUAAUAUCCAGAUCUUUUGAAUAUUGAAUUGUUUUCAGAUGUUAAAAAUUCAUGUCUAGUCUAUUAGUUUAGACUAUCGAAGCCUGUUUAGAACCUUCAUCGCUCUUUUUCAGUCAUACUGUCCCUCUUUCCGCAUUAUGUCCUCUUAUGUAUCUAAAAGACUUAAACUGAAUUUAAAUCCAACUAACUUUUUGAUUCAGCCGUUGCAUAUACCUUGUCCCAACUUGAUCUCCUCGCUCGUCUCCAAGCCGCCUAUCCUUCGUACUUCGCACUUCCCGGGAAUAGUAGCACAGCUUUGUCGGCUUUCAAAAAUGGCCAACUUAUAUCACCAUAUAUCAUUGAAGGUCUUCAUCAGAUCGGGAACUCCAUAUCCAAUCUCCGCCAGUAUUACAAUCUAGGAGUUCGCUACGCAACCCUAACACACAAUUGCCACAAUCGCUAUGCAGAUGCGGCACUUGUUGAACUUCCAGGAGGUGACAUCGAAAAAUCAACACCUCACUGGGGAGGCGUUUCUCCAGCUGGUCGUCAACUCAUACAUGAGAUGAACCGACUAGGGAUGAUUGUUGAUCUAUCGCAUACUAGUCAAGACACUAUGCGAUCAGUCUUGGGUUUGGAAGCAGACUGGCCAGGUAGUCUCGCGCCUGUGAUUUUCAGCCAUUCAUCUGCCUACGCGAUAUGCCCUCAUCCACGUAAUGUUCCUGAUGAUAUUCUACAACUCGUCAAAAAGACCAAUUCCCUCGUCAUGGUCAAUUUUGCACCAGACUUUGUAUCAUGUGUCGCGAAUUCGUCCAAUACAAAUGGACUUCCGGAUUUCUACCCAAACAACUCAACAUUAGAACAUGUUGCUAGACAUGUCAUGCAUAUUGGUGAUCUUAUUGGCUACGACCAUGUAGGCUUCGGCAGUGAUUUUGAUGGUAUAGAAAAUACACCAGAGGGUUUGGACGACGUAAGCAAGUAUCCGGACUUGGUAGCCGAACUUCUCAAACAAGGUGUUAGUGAUAAAGACGCUGCAAAGGUAGUAGGCGGUAAUAUUUUGAGAGUUUGGAAAGAUGUCGAUGAGGUUGCCGCACAUUUACAGGCGAAGGGAGAAAAGCCACUUGAGGAUGACCUUGCCUUAAUGGCAUAAAUAUUACUGGGCUUGUAUAUGUAUAAUAAAAAAUUACUUCUUGUUUGUUCUGUAGGUUAUAUUUUGUAUAUGUAUAUAUAUAUCUGUAUGCCAAAGACUUGACAUAUAUCGUCUUGCAAAUAUCGACUUG